AUGGCAACCGCUGCGACCACUGUGUUCGUCAUGCCAGAACUGCUGGAAAUUAUCCUCCUUUUGCUGUUCCUAGCACAACGUCGCCCACACAUUCCGAUCAGUCCAGACUCGGCUCCUGGCCGUACAGCCCACAAGCACGCUCUACUGCGUUGCCAACUCGUCAACCGUACCUUCAAAGCGACAACCGACGCAUCCCCGAAAUUGCAGGAGGUGCUUUUCUUUCGUGGGAAACGCUCGCCCGCUCCUCCUCCCACAAAUUUCGGGGCCCGUCACUCAGAGAACGUCAACCAGCUGUUCUUCGACCGAUCCCGUCCGCUCAGGAUCAACUCCUCGGGCGGCACUAUCGACCUGCGCUUGAAGUCGACAGCGAGGCCCGAAGCUAUCGUCGAGAUCCGCCACAAGCGUAAGAAGGUGAAUCGGAGUGACAAGCCCACCCCUAUCGACGGUAGUUGGAGGUUUAUGCUGCUCGUUCAUCCGCUGAAGAUCCCUGUGGCUAUCGUGUGGAUCAGUGAUGGAUGGUCUUUGAGGUGCAAGUAUCUGUCCGGGAGGCUGGAGUACGAGCACGGGGUCAAAUUGGGAGAGGUCGUCGAUCAUUGCUUGGAGUGGGAGCGGCAGGACACGACCAGAGGGCAAAUCAGGUUGAGUGAGUUGAGGAAAAUUCCGGCAAUUCAUCAUCAUCAAGACCCACCCAGUGAUGCAUGCGGACCCUGCGAAUUGGACCUUCCAGGCAAGUGA